UAAAAGCAGCUUUGAUUUCAUUUGAGUCGACCAAACCGUGUUUAUUCCGUUGAGAGCGGCAGCAGCGCAGACAUCCUAGCUGUUUUUUUCUGACUCGCCGGUGGACAGCUGUUCUCUUUCUCUUCGUCUGAUAAUGGAUACGGAUAAAAUGUUAAGCAUCGUUCUUCUACUGCUUUCAGUUGUCAACGAUGUUUCCACCGUGCAGUUUCCAACAUCUGUAAUUGUACAGGAAUGGGUGGAGCAGAUGCAGAAGGACUUGGUGUCUUUGAUUGAUGCUGAAAGUGGAGUUCAAAGUCUUAUUAAGAUCUUUCAGAACUACAAUAAACAUUACGUGGUGGAGCAUAAUAAUGCUAAGCAGCUGGUUGUCAGUGCUGCUAGCAACAUUGAGAAGCUCCUUCUCAAUCGCUCCAGAGCUUUAAAGAAUCUGGCUACAGCAGCAGAGGAGUUGCAGUUGAAGCACCAGUGGCAAGAUGACUUUGAGGAGGGAGAUGUGUCAUAUUAUAAUGCCAAAGAUGGUGUAAGUCCUGAAACAGAUGAUGAGGAAUAUCCCGAUAAUAGAGUGAGACCAGAAUUUACAGAUGACCCAGCCUUUAAACGUUUGGUGUCCUUCAAUGAAACAGCUGUCCAUAUACCCACAGACAUCUAUGAGGGCUCCACCAUAAUUCUUAAUGAGCUCAACUGGACAGAUGCAUUGGUGGACACAUUUAGAAAGAACAGAGAAGAUGAUCCUACACUGCUUUGGCAGGUGUUUGGCAGUGCAACUGGUUUGGCCCGCUAUUACCCAGCAUCCCCAUGGAUAGACAAAGAAAAAACACCAAACAAAAUUGAUCUAUAUGAUGUCAGACGGAGACCAUGGUACAUCCAGGGCGCUGCAUCACCUAAGGACAUGCUGAUUUUGGUGGAUGCGAGUGGGAGUGUGUCUGGAAUGACACUGAGACUGAUCCGCACAUCAGUCAAUGAGAUGCUGGAAACUCUUUCUGAUGAUGACUACGUCAACAUAGUUUCUUUCAACGAAGAUGCUAAAAAGGCUGCCUGCUUUGACAACUUGGUUCAAGCCAAUGUCCGUAAUAAAAAGAUCUUGAAAGAUGCAGUGCAGAACAUCACUGCAAAAGGAAUUACUAACUACAAGGAUGGUUUUGAUAUGGCCUUUCAACAGCUGUUGUCUCUAAAUGUGACACGUGCCAACUGUAACAAAAUCAUCAUGCUGUUCACGGAUGGUGGUGAAGAAAGAGCCUCAGAGAUCUUUGAAAAGUACAACCCAGAUAAGAGGGUGCGGAUAUUCACAUUUUCUGUGGGACAGCACAACUAUGACAAAGCACCUAUUCAGUGGAUGGCUUGCACUAAUAAAGGGUACUAUUAUGAGAUCCCAUCUAUAGGUGCCAUCAGGAUCAAUACACAGGAAUACUUAGAUGUGCUGGGGAGGCCCAUGGUGAAGGCCAAGGAGAAGGCAAAACAAGUUCAGUGGACCAACGUUUACAUGGAUGCUCUGGAGUUGGGUCAGGUGAUAACAGGAACACUUCCAGUCUUCAAUAAAACCAGAAUUAGAAGUAACAAAAGUAAAGGAAAGAAUCAGCUAAUACUUGGAGUGAUGGCCGUUGAUGUGUCACUUGAUGACAUCAAGAGGCUGACGCCACGCUUUACACUUGGACCAAAUGGAUACUAUUUUGCUAUUGAUCCAAACGGAUAUGUUUUGCUCCAUCCAAACCUGAAGCCUAAGAAAACAACAUUCCAGGAGGCACUGACACUGGAUUUCCUUGAUGCAGAGUUAGAAGAUGAGAUCAAAGAGGAUAUCAGAAGAAACAUGAUUGAUGGUGAUACUGGUAAUCAGACAUUUAGCACACUUGUGAAGUCCCAGGAUGAGCGAUAUAUUGACCGGGGCGUCAGAACCUACACAUGGAGCCAUGUUAGUGGUACUGACUACAGUUUAGGUUUGGUACUACCGGACUACAGUCUUCACUAUCUUCGUGCAGCAAUCGGAGACACUAUUACACAGGCCAAAUUUUCUGAGACGUUGCAAGUGGAAAAGUUCAGUGAAUAUGGAUUCACAUUCAUUGCGCAAAGGGAGUACUGCACUGACUUGAAGCCCUCGAACAAUAACACAGAGUUCCUGAUCAACUUCAAUAAGUAUAUUGACAGGAACACACCCAACCACCCUCUCUGCAACAGUGCUCUGGUCAAUAAGCUGCUGCUGGAUGCUGGGAUCACAUCAGAGCUGGUCAGGAAGUGGUCAGAACAAACACUGAGUGAGGGGGUGUCUGCUCGCUUUGUGGCUACAGAUGGAGGCAUCACAAGAGUUUACCCAAGCAGUGCUGGUCUGGAUUGGUCAGAGAGAAUUUACGAGGCAUAUGAGCCAUAUGACCCUUAUGAAGCAUUUAAGACAUACAAUAUGUAUGAGGCCUAUGAGUCAAGCUUCUACAAAAGGAGCUUGGACAACGACCUAUACAUAUUUACACCACCAGUCUACAACCCCCACUCCAAUGUUGAUUCAAUUCUGGUGAGCAGGGGUGUGGACCUCAACAUUAAUGGUACCAAGCUCAAACCUGCCGUGGUAGGCGUGAAGCUUGAGGUUGAGACCUGGAUGGAGAAUUUCAUAAAUGCAACGGUGAACACCAAUGUAAGAACACCUUCAUGCAAGGAUGAAACCUGCGGCUGUCAAAGAAACGAUGAGUAUGUGGACUGUGUUCUCCUGGAUGAUGGCGGUUUCCUGAUUAUGGCCAAUCGUGAUGAUUACAUCAGACAGAUUGGGCAGUUCUUUGGAAUUAUUGACCCCUCACUGAUGUUGAACCUGAUAAAUGCGUCUCUGUUCUCCUUCAAUAAGACGUAUGACUACCAGUCCACAUGUGAACCCCAUAAAGAAACCAAAUCAGCCGCUGGAUUGCGCUCUGUUUAUGUGCCCACCAUAGCAGAUAUAUUGCAUCUUGGUUGGUGGGCGUCAGCAGCAGCCUGGUCCAUAAUGCAGCAACUGUUUGUUUCGUUCACUUUCCCGAGUUUCUUAGAAGCAGUGGACACAGAUGAUGAGCUCUCUGAUGGAAUGUCUAAGGAAAGCUGUAUUAAUGAGCAGUCUCAAUACUUCUUUGAGAAUGAUGAAACAUCGCUUAAUGGCAGUGUGGACUGUGACUCAUGCUCAAGACAAUUCUAUGCAGAGAAACUUUUUGGGACCAACCUUGUGUUUGUUAUUGCUGAGACCAAGCUGAACUGCAUGUCAUCCCCUGGUCCAGACCCCUGUGAACUAGCCCUGAAUCCACGCUACAGGAAAGGUCCAGAUGCAUGCUUCGACAACAAUUCAAGUGAGCAAGAUGUUGACUGUGGUGGAGUGUCUGGCCUGAGUCCUUCUAUGUGGCUCCUUGUGCUGCUCCAGCUGGCUCUGCUUGGGUUGUGGAAUACCGCUGGAUACUGCGUAUCAUGACGACUGCUCAGCGACGCUCACGUGAUGUCCUUAGCAACUAUACCAAAAUAACAUACAGUAUCUCAUCCUGCCACUUCUCAAAGAUUUCUCUUGCUGACUUACACUUAUUGUUGGGGUUGAUGGUAGUGCUGAAAGGAAGGGAUACAAGGAAACAAUCCAAAUGUAACUUUCUGACCCAAAAUGAACCUUUCUGAGUAAUGGCUGAUUACUUGCCCAUGCCUUUUGAUGACUGAUAGUGGAUCAAUCUGUCGCUGGUUAGAUGUUUUGUGCUGGUGAAAAAUACUGAAAGCGUAGUCCUUGCGGAACUGUGAUCUGAUAGCUGUUGCUUGUACCCUCAAGGGAAAGAUGUUCCAUAUACCUCUGUCAUUUCCAUAUAUAUUGUAUAACCACUGCUAGGACUAAGGCUGCUCUUUGCAUUUACACAUACAUGACAUUUAAGAAGAAGAGUUCUUACAAAGGGUCAUUUAUUUUCUGGUUUUUGUUUAGUCUCAUGGAAACAGAUAUGAGUUUGGUAUUCUGUGAGUUCCCAGUCUGAGGAGAACCUGUUCAGUUGUGGACUAGAAGUGUGUUGAAAACAGAAGCUAACGGGCGACACACCCAUGACACCCAUGGCACCCAUGACCCCUGCCUUUCCCUGCUUUUAGCCAAAGAUUUGAAAUACUCUUCCUAUCUUCAUCCAUCUCCCGUUUGGCUUGAUUUCAGUUAUUACUCCCACCUCCAUUUAGUUCAUAUUGUGCCAUGGCUGUCUUGUUCACUAUGCAAGCAUGUGUAUAGACAAUCAGAUAUUCAUGUUCUACCCACCACUCUCUGUUAAGACAAGGGACUUGGGUUAAACUAGUUGAACAAAAUUAGAAUAAUUUUCACUUCCUGAUCAAUGAAGCGCUACCUGAACCCCAUCUGGCCUCCAGUGCUCGAUUUCUGCGGUAUCUAUCUAUGCUAUUGAGUCUAUGGGUACCACUCUAUGCAGUUGUGAUCAGUUUACAUAUGGUCAUCAUGAACAUAAAAGCUAUGGCAAUAUUGGGUUGUCAGUAAUUUCUUUUUUUUUUUUCCCCACCACCACCCCCCCGGGUUGUCAGUAAUUUCUAUGUACCAUUCCUUUUUUCUGGGGCAGGAUCAGGCUGGUUUCCCCAGACCCAUUUACUCUGUGAGUCUGUAGUCUGUACACUGUUUCCGUUCGUUGCAUUGUGUGUAGACUUUGGGUACAUUUUGAAAACAUUGGACCAGUGCAAGCUGAUAAUACCUUUUUGCAAACCCUGUCCUUACCCUGUCCCUGUUUUCUGUAUACAUUUAAACAUUAUUAGGUAACACUUUACUUGAAAGAAUCUACAUAAGAGUGACAUGACAUUGUCAUGACACAUGAACCCUAACCCUAACUUGUCAUGACAAAAAACAAAUGACACUCAUUGACAGAAGCAUUAUGUCAUACAUUUGUAUGACUUGUUUAUUUAUUUAUUUUGCUUAUUAUUAUUUAUAGACGUGUUGUUUGUUUAUGACACAUUCCUGACAGUGUCAUGUCACUCAUAUAGAUAGCUUCAAGUAAAGAUUAACCCAUAAUUCUUGCUCUGGCUUCAUUUCAUAAAUGUCUGCUGGUGUUGCUUCUACUAAUUCUUAGUAUUGCUUCUAGCUCAAAUAUUACUACAGUGACCCCCUCUGGUUGUGGACCGGCCCAUCCUAAAACAAAGCUUAACACCUUUACACCAACAGGGUUUCUAGACUGUAAUCUCAGUGAGAAAUGAACUAGAGUCAGGAGUGAACCGGAUUCAGGCUUGGGCGUGGUUAGUAGAAGUACAUAAAUACAUAGAGUUGCAGGAGUUCAGGAGUCUGAUUGCUGAAGGGACCAUGCUUUUUUUUUGUUGAGAUCGGGACUUUGGGAAGCCAAUUUCAGACGAUAAACAGCCUGUUUUACCGAUUCCAAAACCAGCUUUUGUGUGUGCUUAGAGUUGUUGUCCUGUUGGAAUUGGAAUACCCAACUGUCCAUGGCUUCAGGCUAUACAGAGGACUUCUCUCUUGGACAACAGCCUUUCAGUCCAUAGUCCACUUACUUGACUGUAGACAUAGAAGAAGUUACCAGCUGUAAUCAAUGACAGCCUUUGCCCAGCAAAUGUAAGACAUUUUUCAGCACCACUGAAUAUAUUUGUGCAUUAUAAUUAAAAUGUAUGUUCUAUAAUCAUUCUGCCUCAGAAGACGAAUGCUCACAUAGAAAUCAUUGCUAUCCCAAUAUUGCCAUGCCAUUAAAGUUCAUGAUGAGUGUAACCACGACUGUAUAGGCAUUCCUUGAUGGGAUCAAUUGAAUGAACUACAGUAUUGCUGCAUCACAUUGCCACUUCACAUUGCCAGUGAUAGUCAGACGGUUUUUUGUUAUGGCUUCAUACAGCACUGUUGCCAAAUAGUAGUACUAAUGUGUAGUCACACCUACAACUACUGUACACAAACUCCCAACUGCCUGCUCAGCUCUGCUCAGUUUGCCUCUGAUGCCAUGAAUCCUCUUCUUUGGUUUUCCUUUUCUAGUAGAACCUUCAGCUACAUCAGAUGAAAUUGUGAAACCAUAUUGAAGGUCAAACAAAGUGUACCUUAAUUUUUACCCUAUUAACCUAGUAUCAACCAAGAGUUCUAAGCACUUCUUGAAAACUGCACUGGAGUCAAGUAUUAAAUAAGGAUUUGUAUCAGUUUCAUUUCAUUUCAUUGAUGUUUUGAUGCUUUGAAUGCUCUACUCCAUGUUCCCAUGCUCCAUGUAGUGUGCCUGUGGCUAUGGAACUGAAGAAAGUUUAUUUUUAAAACUGUCUGUCGAAUAGCUGCAUUGAUAUAUACAGCUCCUCCUGUUUUAGUAUAUUUAUUAAUUUAUUUAAUUGCCAAAUGUAAGAUUUGAACAUUAUUGUUUUGAUGUCUGGUGAUACAAUGUGUGUUGUUUAACCUGUGUACCAUAUUGUACUUUGUUGAAAGGUCAUAUCAGAUAUUAUCUGGAAAUAGCAUCAAUAGUCAUUGAAAGUAAGAGCAUACUGUAACUACUGACUACUGCGACAAUGACUAUAAUCUUUUUAUUUUUCAUGUUGCUUUGUGUGUCAGUCAUUCUAGAGACAUGGGACAAAGCAUGUCAUAUAUUUUUGUUGUAACUGUUAUGAAGGAUGUGUAAGGUACUUAAGACAAUUUUCCUCUUUCCUCUGCAUUAUUAUUAUUAGUAGCCUAAUAUUAUUAUUAUCGUCAUCAUCAUCAUAUCAAGUUUGUGACUUCUCAGAGUGUCCACAUACUAAGUUUUCAAUCAUAUUAGCAUUCAAGUAUUUAGUAUAAAAGUUAUAUUUAUAUAACUAUAUAAAUAUAUAUAUUUUUAUGAAGAACUCAAUGAAAAGUAUCACAUUCGUCACUGCACAUUUUGUCAUCACAUUCAGGCAUUCGAUGUGAUCAAUUAUUAGGCAGUAUCAGGGGGCAGUUGUCACUCUGAAGGACCACUUGCCACAUGUCACCUACAGUAGCAAAUACAUUAGAGUCUAUCUCUGCAUGGCAUGCUGUUCUUGUUCAGGUGCCUUCUUGAUGCAUUACUAUGUGCUAUUACAGUAAGGCAACAGAAAGUGACCAACAAAAACCUGGACUGAAGUCAGUUGUGGCGAACAAAUUGUCAGAUGGCAACUCCAUGAGAUUUUAUUUCAGUAUUCAUCAUUCAUAAGGAUAAUGUCCUUGUUUUAAGACAAAGUUAAAUUAUUGAAUUGACUAAAUAUCGCUCAGUUUGUUUAUUUGUUAUCAUGUUAAUUCAUGUUUGUUAAUGACUUGUAGGUCAUAGCCAAUGAUCCAGGUAAAAUGUUCGUUUUCUCCCAAUAAGUUUGCGCUUGGAACACAUAUAUGAUUUUGUAUUUUUGAUGUCUGACUGUGUUGACCUAAAAAAGCAAAAAAGGGACAUACAAUUAAAAAAUACGAAAGUUGGGAGGUUCUAUCAAAAAUUCUAUAUAGAAUAGUAUAUGUUCAGUAUACAAAUUGUUAUGUUUUGUCCCAUGUCUCAAGAAUUGUUUUUUUUUUUUUUUUUAAUAUUGAUAUUGUUUAUUGUAUUUGAGCUGUUUCAUUUAGUGUGCCUUGUGAAUUUUACUGAACUGAUGAAUACACACAUGUUGAAAUCUCUUUGUUGAGGUACUAAUAAUCUCAUUCCAACUGAGAACCUUUGCAAAAGAUAAAUUAUGAUAAUUAGCCUAUGAUUAUGUGCCUCAAAAAAACAAAGGGCCACAACUUAGUGUCUGGUGUUGUCCUCAGAAAUAUGGUGAAAAAGACUUUCAGUUAAAAUUUCUAAUUAAUAUUCCACUGGUCAAAACCUUUUCAGAUAAAUUGAAGAUGACAGGACAGGGUAAAUAUACAGUAUUGUGUUGUUUUUAAUCAAACUGACAUAAUUCCAUCUAUAUUACAGCUAUAGUCAUAUCUUGGGCAUCUCUUAUUACUUUAGUCUUUAACACUGCCAGCAGGAAUACUAAGAUAAUCAUACGCUGUUUUGUUAUAUUGUAACGAUGAGAUGCUGAAUGAUAUAAGAGGACAGCAGCCAUAAUAGUCAAAUCCAUUGGUGGAUCCUUCAGCUAACUUCAUCUUCAUGACUGAAUUUCAUUGGUUUGUUGCUCUGCUUGUAAGGGGCAUAUCUGAAGGAUUUGCUAACCAGAUUUCCAUUUUUAAUUGUCAUGGUCUCGUCUUUCCCCUUCUUCUGCUUCUAAAAAGAAGCUUAUUUUCUGUUUGUAAUAGGACAUCUUUUAUCAAAUAGUUUUAAUCUAUUAUCAAACAGUUGAAACUAAAUAUGCAAACAUUGAUAUUCCCUCUCUGUUGUAGCCUAGAAAUCUAGACGCCCCUAGCGGCAGCAAAUGUGGGUCUGGCUUGUCAGGCUAUCUCUGUUGUGCAUGGUCUGUGAGGUCAACAGUUAGCAAUAAGUUGGCAAGUAUGUGUCUGCGUGUUAUGAUUGUUGUGGGAAACAUUAAAGAUGAGCGUAAAGAAUCUGUCCAGAUCCAUGGCCUUUCUGUUGAGCAGUAAACAUCAAGUCAGUCACCACGUAUUGUUCACUGAAUAUAUUUAGAACAGCUCAGUCAAUAGUUCACAUUUGAAAGCAUUGCUCCAAGAGUCCAGCUGUUCAAUAUAGAUGGUAAUUUAAGUGCUGAAAUCUAAUGCUGUCACCUCAGGAAAAAAAACAUGUCUAAUGUGAUCAGAAGUAUUUUAACGUUGUUUAUCCUCGUUGUGUGGUUUGUAUGGGUUUUGCAACUUUCUGCUCUUGUGACUGGCAUGGUUUAUGUAAAGUACCUUGUAACUGUCUCUUAGUGGCGAACAGAAAACAGGCUGCCAUCCAUAAUUUUGUGGAUUCAGAUCAAUAUAAAUCAGAUGUGAAUACAUUUAUAUGAAUAUAUUGUUGCUGUUACAUCCAAGACAGAAAAUAAUAUUUAUAAUUCUGAAACUGUGUGAAU